AUGGAGAAUUCAUCCGAAAGCUACGAUAUGAGUUGUGUGGAUUCGUCGUUGGAUAUUGCAUUAGAGUUCAAGAUCGGUGAGUUGUUCGAAUUGAUCACCGCCGUCUCAUUAUGGUCAACUCCGUUAUCGUAUUAUCGAACCGUUUGGGAAUUCGGUCGCUUUAUGUGUUAUGCAGUUUAUGCUGUUCAGAUGAUACUGUGUGGAAAUAUGGCCAGACGAACGAGUCGUUCGUUUACUUUACGGACUAACAGUGCUUACGGUUCGGAGUGCUCUACCACUUCUUAUAAUAUCGUUUUGUCACUGGCGAAUCGCAUGCAUCCUCAGACAGCAAACCGUACGGCUUCGGACGAUGCGUUCUGCGAACACAACUUUUCAAGGUUGAGGUAUGCAGCAGAUAUUCGCAGAAAACAACGCUUACAAACACUUUUACUCGUGAUGGUUAUCAUUUUCGGUGUUAGUUCAUUUCCGCUCGAUCUCUUCAACGUUAUACAAGGCAUGUCUCACAACAUUCGUAAUGACUCAUUUGACUUGGUCAAGUUAAAAAUUUUUAUCUGCUUCAAGCAUAGUCCGAAAAAUAGCUUGCACACGCUUACAGAUAUGGAAUUAGCGUACCGAACGGAACUCAUAUCUCAAGAAAUCAAACAGGUGAUAUUUUUGGUGACACACUGGGUUGCAAUGGUCGGAACAUUGUGCAAUCCACUUGUGUACGCUUGGUGGAGUGAUAACUUCCGCAGAGAUACACAGGUGGUUGAUCAUUGCUCAGUGAAUUAA